UAGGGCACAGGUCUUCUGGACCACAGAUCGGGGGGGUGGCUAGAUGGGAUGAGUCCAUCACUGUGGUCCCGAAGAUACCACAGACACCAGGACAUUGGGGCCCUCUCCACUGGAGGAAAGUGUCCCUGAAAGCCAUUGGAGCUGACUCCACUUUGGAAAGAUUGGAACUCUGUGUUUGUUCCUCUGUUUUGUGGACCUGGUGUUCAAGAGCAAAGGGAAGUAGGAGCAAGGCUGAGUAGCUAGUGGUAGGGCCAAGAGAUUGAAAAUGCAUCUGGGAUUCCCCAUAGAUUUGCCUUUGUUUGGGGAAAGUCACUAAAACUAGAAGAGGGUGGCACUGAGGCCCCACCCUCCCAUAAUGUGGGAGUCUUUUUCUGGGUGUAAACAAUAUUCAGCUCGGGGCUGCUUCCUGUGGGACCCUUUGUCCUGUCCCCUUAAAGCUCUGAGCAAGGCCAGUGAAGCUAUUAACAGUGUCACCUGAUAAAAUAAGAAGCAGCUCUCACAUCCAGCCAAGACUUAAAAGAAACCAGGCUUUGGGGCUGAUAAGGAACUCCAGAGCCAGAUAAAAAAUAGUUGAGGCAAGGACACACCUCUGGUCUGAUGGACCACAUUCCAAUUCCUCUGAGUCACUUAGCAUCUCUUUGUUCCUCUCCAGGUAGCCACCACUGCUGGCAGGAGAUGAUGGAUUUCUCAGUCUCCCUGGACUCAACGGCACUGGGUUUUUUUCUGGACUCCUUGUAUCAAGUACCUCUAUCCAGCAGUCUCUUCUUCCUCACCCACUUCCUUCUCCUCUUCCCACUUGUGCAGCUUAGCUCAGGUAGUGUGUCUGAUCUGUUCCCUGUCCAGUCAAGACACGAGUACCUCAGCUUUUGUUCGUCUCUCCUUCUCCCAGAUGCAGCCCUGGGCAGAGAUCUUAUAAGGCUGAUUUUGGCAGUUGUUACGGCUUCUUCUUCUUUUUUUUUUAAUGGCUUCACAUUCCUAGAGAAAGUCAAGGUGGUAGGACCUGGGCAAUCCAUCCUGGCACUCAUCGGGGAAGAAAUAGAGUUCCCGUGCUACCUGUGGCCCUACCUGGACGCCGAGCACAUGGAGAUCCGCUGGUUCAGGAGCCGGCCCUCUGACAUCGUCCUCCUGUACGGGGAGCAGCAGGAGCUCUCCAGGGGGCAGAUGGCGGAGUUCCAGAACAGGACAAAACUCCUCAAGGACGAGAUCAGAGAUGGCCACGUGAUCCUGAAGCUCCAUAGUGUUGUUCCCUCCGAUGAGGGCCGCUACGGAUGCAGCUUCCUCUCCAGUAACUUCACCGGGGAAGCUAUCUGGGAGCUGGAGGUAGCAGGGAUGGGCUCGGACCCUCACAUCUCCCUUGAGGGCUUCAAGGAGGGAGGCAUUCACCUGAGGUGCAGCUCCAGUGGCUGGUACCCCAAGCCCAAGGCUCAAUGGAGAGACCAUCAGGGACAGUGGCUGCCUCUUGAGUCUGAAGCCGUCAUCCAGGAUGUCCAGGGCCUGUUUAGUCUGGAAAUAUCCGUGGUCCUCCGAGAGGGAGCCCACAGCAACGUGUCCUGCUCCAUCCAGAACACCCUCCUGGUUCAGAGUAAAGAGUUUGUGGUUGAGAUAGCAGAUGUUUUUUUCCCCACAACCUCCUCCUGGAAGGGAGCUUUCCUUCGGACUCUAGCAGGACUGCCGUUGCUCAUGGUUCUCCUCAUGGUACUAGUGUUGUACUUCUUUCAACAGCAACAGAGAACCCAAGAGAAGCUAAAGAAGCUGGCAGAGAAGGAAAAAGAGGAACUCACAGCAGAGCUGGGGAAGCUUCAGACAGAACUUGACUGGAGAAGAGCCGAAGGCCAGGCUGAAUGGAGAGCAGCCCAAAGAUAUGCAGUGGACGUGACCCUGGAUCCAGCCUCUGCGCACCCCAGCCUGGUGGUCUCCGAGGAUGGCAGGAGCGUGUCUUCCCGUGAGGCAGUGCUGGCCCUGGCCGUGGGUGCCUCGCAGUGGUUCGUGGAGCAGACGUGCGUGCUGGGCCGUGAGCGCUUUUCCGCGGGCUGCCACUACUGGGAAGUGCACGUGGGCCACCGAAGUCGCUGGUUCCUGGGCGUGUGCCUGGCGACAGUGCCACGUGUGGAGCCAGCACGCCUGACCCCGGCCUCAGGCUACUGGGUGAUGGGGCUGUGGAACAGCUGCGAGUACUUCGUGCUGGACCCCCACCGUGUCGCGCUCACUCUGCGUGUGCCCCCGCGGUGCGUGGGAGUCUUCCUGGACUUCGAGGCGGGAAGGUUGUCCUUCUUCAACGUGUCCGACGGCUCCCACAUUUUCACCUUCACUGACACCUUCUCAGGGCCACUGUGUGCGUAUUUCAGGCCCAGAGCCCACGACGGCAGCGAACACCCAGAGCCCCUGACCAUCUGCCCAUUGCCCAUUAGAGGGACACGCAUCCUCGAAGAGGACGACAGUGACACCUGGAUACAGCCCUAUGAGGAGGCCUCGGACCCCGACCUGGGCCUGUGGUGAGGCGCCCUGGGUCCUGGGCAGCUUCCUGAAUUUGCCCUCCCUCUUCUAGAGUGAACAAACUCGCUAAAGCGAGCUUCCUUGCCAAAAUGUCAGCCAUGGCUAAAGCCUCAGCAGAGAAGACAGGAAAAAGGAGAAGAGAGGGACCUUUACCUGUGCAUAUGUACGUGAUUUUCUUUAAGGAAAACCAAAAC